CUCUUGGCUUGCCAUAUUGGGCGAGGAAGCUUCUGGAAGCGUGCGUGUGAUUGUGAGCCUCUCUUCCGUUAAUCUCCGCGUGAAGCUGUGCUCCGGUCCUCGGCAGAAUGUCCGCGGUAAAAGCGCUUAACCCGAAGGCGGAGGUGGCCCGGGCUCAUGCGGCUCUGGCGGUGAACAUCAGCGCCGCUCGAGGGCUCCAGGAUGUGCUGAGGAGUAACCUGGGACCGAAAGGCACGAUGAAGAUGCUUGUGUCUGGUGCAGGAGACAUCAAGCUCACCAAAGAUGGGAACGUUCUGCUGCAUGAGAUGCAAAUCCAGCAUCCCACCGCUUCAUUGAUUGCCAAGGUGGCCACGGCCCAGGAUGACAUCACCGGAGACGGCACGACGUCCAAUGUGCUGAUCAUCGGAGAGCUCCUCAAGCAGGCAGACCUCCACGUCUCCGAGGGUCUUCAUCCCCGGGUGAUCGCUGAGGGCUUCGAGGCUGCUAAGGACAAGGCUCUCGAGGUGCUGGAGGAGGUGAAGGUGGUGAAGCAGAUGGACCGAGAGACUCUCAUCAGUGUCGCCCGCACCUCCCUCAGAACCAAGGUCCACGUGGAGUUGGCCGAUUUACUAACGGAGGUGAGAAACAUCGUUUGA